CUGAUAUUCUUGCCACUGAUGGAAGUAAAGAAGAAAAGCAGAAAGUGGAAAUGCCAAAUAAUCACGUUACAGAAAAGAACUUGUAAGGCAGAAACAGCUUCAGUUUGCCUGGGAGAAAGAGAGAGUCAUGGGAGUGGGAUUCUCAAAGGUGUUAACACACACAACAGACGAUGAAAUUCCAAUUUCUUCGACAGAUUCUGCUCCUCAACUCACCUACAAACAACCUAGGAAAAACCUGCCUUUUCCACGUUCUCUUGUUCCUCCUCCCAUGCCAACCCAAUGUUCUUCACAGACAGGACCUGUUCUUGGGAAGCCUUACGUUAAAAUAAAGCACACGUACGAGAUGAAGCAAGAGCUGGGAAGAGGCAAGUUUGGCGUGACUUAUCUGUGUGUAGAGAAGGCCACAGGAAUUUCUUAUGCAUGCAAAUCCAUAGCAAAGAAGGGUCCGCAAGAAGUUGAGAAUGUUAGAAGAGAAGUUAUGAUUCUGCAGCAUCUUUCAGGGCAACAUAACAUAGUGGAUUUCAAGGGAGCUUACGAGGAUAGGGAGAACGUGCAUCUGGUGAUGGAUUUGUGCAGUGGAGGUGAACUCUUUGACCGUAUUGUUGCAAAAGGCAGACACUCGGAGCGUGAAGCAGCCUCUGUUAUGAGACAGAUUGUUAAGGUGGUCGACGUGUGUCAUUUCAUGGGUGUGAUGCAUCGAGACCUCAAGCCAGAGAAUUUCUUGUUCGCCACCAAGGACGAGGAUGCCCCUUUGAAACUCACGGAUUUUGGAUCCUCUGUCUUCUUUCACAUUGGUGAGGUGUAUAAAGAUAUUGUUGGAAAUGCAUAUUACAUGGCUCCUGAGGUUUUGAAACGAAAUUACGGAAAGGAGAUAGAUGUUUGGAAUGCAGGAGUCAUUUUAUACAUUCUCUUAAGUGGGGUGCCUCCAUUUUGGGCUGGUAAGUAAAAUGCACGCAUCACUCAGUUUUGGUUCACAGUAGCACGAAGAAAUUUAAAUCAUCAUUUAGAAC